CCCUGCGUCGCGAAGCUCGGCAGAUAGGAGCCCGCUUUCAGGGCUCGCUCACGGCACGAGCACCCGGCCAACAACGGGGGCUCUGUCUGGGAUGCCCGCCCUGGAGCGGCACAGGGUCGCCGGGAGAAAGCCGACGCGUAACAUAGGGAUUCCAGACGGCGACCUGCGGGGGUUCGGCGGCGCGGUCCGUGUGAAGCCGCCCCGCAGGCCCGCUGCCCUCUGCUGGGCGUGGGGACGCAGCGCACAGCGACGCAGAGCCCUUUGCCAGGUGAGCAGAUCUCCAUUAGUUGGGGCACAGGCAGUGAUCAGCAUCCCAAGAAGACAGACCAGCUUGCAAGGAAGAAUGGAACCGAAACAGGAAUUUGACAGUAAGCAGGUCACUCUCUAGAGGAAAGCUUCACAUAAAGAAAUGGCAAGACAUGUUUUGAAGACAUCACCUAUCCCUAUGAAGACAAAAUUGCUACAUCAAAUAGGAUUGUCACUUUAUAAUACCUCUCAUGGCUUCCAUGAGGAAGAAGUGAAAAGAAAACUUGAGCAGUUUCCUGGUGGAUCCAUUGACCUUCAGAAGGAGGACAGUGGCAUUGGCAUUCUUACUCUGAACAAUCCAAGUAAAAUGAAUGCCUUCUCAGGUGUUAUGAUGCUACAACUUCUGGAAAAAGUGAUUGAGUUGGAAAAUUGGACAGAGGGGAAAGGUCUCAUUGUCCACGGAGCAAAAAAUACUUUCUCCUCAGGAUCUGAUCUGAAUGCUGUGAAAGCACUAGGAACUCCAGAGGAUGGAAUGGCCGUAUGCAUGUUCAUGCAAAACACCUUAACAAGAUUUAUGAGAUUAAUGACUACCGAGAGUGAGAUCAGAUUUGUCCACAAGGAGAUGGGUGUAAUACCAAGCUGGGGAGGUGCUACCCGGCUAGUUGAAAUAAUUGGCAGUAGACAAGCCCUCAAAGUGUUAAGUGGGGCCCUUAAGCUGGAUUCAAAAAAGGCUUUACAAAUAGGAAUGGUUGAGGAGGUCUUGCAGUCUUCAGAUGAAACCGAAUGUCUCAGAGAGGCACAAGAGUGGCUACAGCAGUUUAUCAAAGGGCCACCAGAAGUAAUUAGAGCUUUGAAAAAAUCUGUUUCUUCAAGCAAAGAGCUUUGUUUAGAGGAGGCAUUACAGACUGAAAGAGAUCUUUUAGGAACAGUUUGGGGUGGACCUGCAAAUUUAGAGGCUAUUGCUAGGAAAGGAAAGUUUAAUAAAUAGUUUAAAAAAAUAUGUACUACAGGUAAAACUCCAAUGAUUAAUAUGUAUAAAAGUUAAAUGAUAUUAAAUAUGAAUGUCAGAACUACUUUGAAGGCUACUAUUAGUAUUUCAGUUUUAAACAACUGUUUGAAUACCUGAACUCAUUGGCCUAGUUUUCAGUCUAUGUGGGUACUUACCAAGUAAUUUCGAACAUCUGACUAAAAUAUGCAACACUUUCAGCUUAAAAAUGAUUAGCAAUUCCCAAAUUCCCAUAUUAGUUCUUAGGCUAUAACCAAAGACCAGUUUUUAAAAGAAAAAACUACACAAAAUCUCUUGUGUUAUUUUUCAUAAAGUCUUUGUCUUGCCUUACCUGGAAAUUAUUUACAAAAAUAGCUUAAUGAAACUUAGCAAAAGUGGAGAGGGGUCAGGGACAGGAAAAUACGCAAAGGUAUGGUUAGUCCUCUUCUGCUCCAAGCAGCUGCAUUGAAGAAGUCAUGGGUAACAGCCCUUCUUUUAAAUAAAGAUGCUCCUCACCUCAGCCCUCUACAAAUCUGGACCUUAUUUAUUUGAUCUUUUAAAUAAUUAUUAGAUUUCUAUUUUAAAUUAUCUACGAAACAAUGAUAGCCACAACAAAGAAAGUCUACUAACUACAAAAUUGGCCAGUUCAUUUGUGUGUUCCAGAAUUUCCAAACCAGUAGUUAAGAAGUACUGUAGUUUAUGUAGUAAUCAAAUUGAACUUUGAUCAAAACUGCCAAAGACUGCAGAGACUGAGGAAGCAUCCUGUAACAUACAUUUGCAUUUUACAUCAGAUUUCUAUUUUUUUCUGAAAAGUAGCUAGCGUUUCUUCUUUUAUAACUAGCUAUCUUUUAAAAGUAAAGUUAAUAACAAUGUGCAACUCAAACUUUUAUGAUCUCAGUAAUACAGACUUUAAAAAACAUAAGUCAAAGAAUUGAGUCCUAAUUCUAACCUAUCACAACAAGAGGUAAAAGGAUGGACCUAGAGUCUGUCAUACAGAGUGAAGUAAGUCAGAAAGAGAAAAACAAAUACUAACACAUUUGUAUAUGUAUGCUAACACAUAUACAUGGAAUCUA